CGAACAUCCGGCGCUCGCCCCGCCCCCCGAGUUUCCGCGCGCCUCUCUGGCAGCUGGUCACAUGGUGAGGGUGGGGGUAAGGGGCCCUCUCUAGCCUGCGGCCUGUGUCUAUGGUCCGGCCUGAAGUGUCCAGCUGCCCCAGGCCGAACUCUGGUGUAUGGAUCGGUGGGAACUGGCUCCGGGGCCCCGAUAACGGGCCACCCCCGCAAGUUCUCAACUUGGCGUAAGGGUCUCCCCUGAUCUGAGAAUGGCUACCUCUCGAUAUGAGCCAGUGGCUGAAAUUGGUGUUGGUGCCUAUGGGACCGUGUACAAGGCUCGAGACCCCCACAGUGGCCACUUCGUGGCCCUCAAGAGUGUGCGAGUACCCAAUGGAGGGGGAGCUGGAGGAGGCCUGCCCAUCAGUACAGUACGUGAGGUGGCCUUGCUAAGGCGGCUGGAGGCAUUCGAGCAUCCCAAUGUUGUCCGGCUGAUGGAUGUCUGUGCCACUUCUCGAACUGACCGGGAGAUCAAAGUGACCCUAGUGUUUGAGCAUGUAGACCAAGACCUAAGGACGUAUCUCGACAAAGCACCGCCACCAGGCUUGCCAGUUGAAACCAUCAAGGAUUUGAUGCGCCAGUUUCUAAGAGGCCUAGAUUUUCUUCAUGCCAACUGCAUCGUUCACCGAGACCUGAAACCAGAGAAUAUUCUGGUGACAAGUGGUGGAACUGUGAAGCUGGCAGACUUUGGCCUAGCCCGAAUCUACAGCUACCAGAUGGCCCUUACACCGGUGGUGGUUACACUCUGGUACCGGGCUCCUGAAGUUCUUCUGCAGUCUACCUAUGCAACACCAGUGGACAUGUGGAGUGUUGGCUGUAUUUUUGCAGAGAUGUUUCGUCGAAAACCUCUCUUCUGUGGAAACUCUGAAGCUGACCAGUUGGGCAAAAUCUUUGACCUGAUUGGGCUGCCUCCAGAGGAUGACUGGCCACGAGAUGUAUCUUUACCCCGAGGAGCCUUUUCCCCCAGAGGACCUCGUCCAGUACAGUCAGUGGUACCUGAGAUGGAAGAGUCUGGAGCACAGCUACUGCUGGAGAUGCUGACAUUUAACCCACACAAGCGAAUCUCUGCCUUCCGAGCCCUGCAGCACUCUUACCUACAUAAGGAAGAAGGUGACCCAGAAUAAAAAGUGGAGUGGCUGCCAUGGAAGGAAGAAAAGGUGCCAUUUCCCUUCUGGACACUUGAGUGGAGAAAACACUCAAGUGAAUGAGAAGGGGACCUCUGCCAUUGUCUCUGAGGCUGUGGUGCGCCUGCAGUUUUUUACAGAGAAUAUUUUGCUGCCUUAAUGAUACUCCCCAUCCACCCUCCUUUUGAGGUCUAUAAUCUUAUGCCCCAUUUCUCUACACUAAGGGGUAUAUUUCUUCCCCCACCUUACCUUUAUACUGGUUCUUUUUUUAUACAGGAAAACAAAAACAAGACCAAAAAAAAUGUUGUCUUCUUUUUUUAAUGUUUCUUUUCUCUGAUUGGCUUUGCCAAAGGGAGAGGAGAGAAAUCAAAGGGAAGAACCUCUCUGCAGAACCUUAAAUACUCUCCCUAAGUUACACAGGGCCUAGGCAGUCAGUGGAGCCCCUUAACUGGCAAAGAGAAAUUAAGGUGCUUCUUUGAUUAUAAAGCUUAAAAGGGAUUUAUUUUUAUAUUCACCGAACUUCCUCAAGUUCCCAUACAUCUAAGAGUUCUUCAUAGUUUUCUGGGCUCUAUUCCUGAUUGAUCCUUGGAGUCAGGUAUGCUGAGGUGGUCCAGCAUGUAGAAGAGUAAAGAGGGGAAACAGCUAUAAAUGACUCCAGGCACCAUUCACAGGAGCUGUCCACAUCCACGUGGGAGAGGAGGAUGAAAUUUUUGUUUCUAUUUCUUAUUCCCAUCAACAUGUGAAGGGCCUAGUCAGUCACUCAGUUUUAGGGUAUGUGGCAGAGGGCCUUUCCUUUUUCUCAAAGGAUAUAGACUCCAGGUUUUCCUUAAGGGAGAAGUAAAAUGUUGAGAGAGCAGGAAAGAAGUCAAAAAGAUCCAAAGUCUCAUAAAAAGGCGCUGGGGUUAGCUCGAGGAUCCUUCUGAUUCCGAAAUCUCAUUGCUAGCCAGACACCAAGUAUCUAUAGGAAAAAAGAGAAAGAAAGAGUGCUAAUCAGUUGUUAAUGUGGGAGAGAGGGCUGACAAAGGACACAUGUACAUGAAGGAACUGGAGAAUAUUACCUCUGUAAAGCUAAAGAAGAGUCCGACACCCCCUAGGAUUUUUAGAGCUUCAUCUGAAUGCCUAAGAAACUUUUGUCCACACAUCUGGCAUGUGGAGCUUCUGUUCCUGCAGAGCUGAGGGUGAAAAGUAUACCAAAAAAUGCAAAGUUGUUAACUUGUCCUGUGUAGAUAAUUAAGGUGAAUGACCCUUAUUUACUAGUAUCUGACCAGUGUCUUACAGACUAAAAUCUCACUUGUCAAAUCACCAUUCUAUAUAGCCUUGCUUCCAUCAACAAUAUCAACACAAGAGAGCUGCUAGAGAGGCAAAUGUCAUUUAAAUUAAAUAUGCCAAUUCGGGCACUGUCCUUAACUAGUUUCUACCUCCUCUGCUUUGUUCCCCCACCUCCCAACUCACUGCAUUGCAGGAAGUAUCAUCUUGGUACUGGGUUGUGAGGUUGAACAAACCACAGCAGUCAAAACUUCUUUCCAGUUCAUGCCGGGUAGUGUUGCUUAUGGCCCACCAGGAGGCAUUGAUGACAUCUGUCUGGAGGACACAGGCAAAGGGAAGUUAAUCUCCCUACAUAUUUAUCUCGGUUAAAGUGCAGGUUCCUAUUAGAGCAAAGAGUAUGUCUCAGAAAUGCAGUGUGUUGGGAUUAUAGAAAAUAAAUGCUUUCUCAGAUUCUA